AUGGCGGCGAUCAGUAAAAAGUUAGACAAUUGCGAAGUGUGUGCCAAAAAUAUUGCUAAAUAUACUUGUCCAAAAUGUGAGGUUAGAACAUGUGGAUUGUCAUGUAUAAAUAUUCACAAAAAAGAGUUAGAUUGCAGUGGAGUACGUGAUGAAACAAAAUUUAUACCUUUAAAUUCAUUUACAGAUUUAGACCUACUAAGUGAUUAUCGUUUAUUGGAAAAUAUUGGGCGAUCUGUUGAAAAUUUUAAAAGAAAUCCUGCAAAAAAAUUUACAAGAUAUAAAAACUGUGCCAUAUUUUUAGAAAAGUUAAAGCAUGCAGCGCACAAUAAAGGUAUAGAUUUAGAGUUUAUGCCUCAAAAUUUUAGUAGGCAUAAGAAAAAUACAACUUAUUUAAAUUGGAAAACUAAUGAAUUUUUUUGGAGAGUAGAAUUUAUUUUCCCGCAAGCAGAUAACACAAAAUGGAGUUUAGAUAAAGUAUUGGAUAAUAAAAGAUUAUCUGUUGUAUUAGAAGAAAUCCUAAAUUUUGAUAUUCGAUUAAAUGAUAAUGAACAACAUAAUAAUCUAUCAGUACUUUAUAAAAAAUUGAUAUUUUAUCGAGCAUGUGGAAUAACUGGACUAAAAGCUUUAUUGAAAGCAGAAAAAGUACAAAAAUCGGAUACUAGGUUUUACGAAUUAGAUUUAUCAUUAUCAUUGGAAGAAAAUUUAAAACAAAAAACAAUAAUUGAAUUUCCAGUUAUUUAUAUUAUACUUAAAGAUCAUUCCGAUAUGUUUGAAAUCAUAGAUAGUGAUGAUGAAGAAAUCAAAGCAAAACCUUCUUCUAACUUAAGGAGAAAAUCAAAUUUUGAAAAUAGGAGUAGAAUAGGUCAUAAAUCCAAUAAAAACAAAGUGGAUUCUACUGUCAAUUACUUUUUUUGUUCAGAACAUUCAGAUUUGGAGGAAGAAAGUACAUCGGAUGCAACCUAUCUUAAGAGUGAUAAUCAAGAAUUUUAUAUACCUGAUUAUAAUGAAUUAGUGAAAAUGAAAUAACAAAAAGAGUAU